AUGACUGCAAAGCUUCAACUGUACAACUUCCAGUUCAAAAUUAUUAGCUGCUAUGCCCUAACCCUGUGCUUAUCCUCUAAGGAGAAAGACUCAUUCUAUGCCGUGCUGGAAGCCUUGAUCAAAGACACAUCGGCGGGCGAUUGCAUGGUGUUGCUUGGAGACUUCAAUGCCUGGACAGGGUUUAACUACACUGCCUGGGAAGAUGUCCUUGGCCCCCACGGCAUUGGAAAAAUGAACGAAAAUGGUCAGAGACUGCUUGAGCUGUGCGCUCGUCACAACAUCUGCAUACCCUCAUCCUUCUUCAAUGGUUCGGAAAGGGCAAAGGUCACCUGGAAGCACCCGAGAUCUGGCCACUGGCACCAGCUGGACCACAUACUUGUGAGGCAGUCUGCACUUCCACAGGUGACCAACUGUCGCAGCCUACUCUCAGCAGAUUGUGACUCGGACCAUGCCCUGGUCCGCUGCCGACUCAGAGUAAAGAAGAAAGGAAUGCACCAUGCCAAGCCACCUCCACCACCGCGCCCGGACCUCUCCAACCUGGCUGAUAUGGAUCGCCGUGUACAGCUCCAAUCUAACAUCUCACAAGGUUUAGCUGAGAAGACGCCAUCACAUGACCCAACCGAGUGCUGGGAAUCCCUCAAGCAUGUCAUCAGAUCUUCUGCCAUGAAAUCACUUGGGAAGCAAGUGCGGAAACAGCCGGACUGGUUUCGCUACAGUGCUGAUGUGCUCCUUCCUGCUAUUGCGUCCAAGCGCAGUACCCGACUGGCAUUCCUUAACAAGCCUUCUCCCAGGAACAGAGCCUCUUAUCAGUCUGCUAAGGCUGGAGUUCAGCGCUGCACAAGACAAACCCUGCAUCGCUACUGGCUUAACCUGAGUGAGCGUAUCUUCAGGUGCUCUGAUGCAGGGAAUCUGCAUGGAAUGUACAGAGGCAUCAAGGAAGCACUGGGGCCUGUCCCAAAGAAGACGGCUCCACUGCGUGCAUCUGAUGGUACACUUCUAACCGACAUGCAGGCACAACUAGACCGUUGGGUCGAACAUUACAGCUCCUUGUAUGGCACUCCAGUAAAUGCUAAUCUAACAGCCAUCGCAAUGGCAAUUCCACAGUUGCCUGCAAAACUCGAGCUGGACCGGGAAAUCACCGCCAUCGAGGUGAAGCAAGCGAUUGGUGCAUUACAGAAUGGUAGAUGGGAUUCCACCAGAACUUCUCAAGCAUGGCGGUGA